CCCACACUUCCUCCACACAACUCAAUUCUCAAACACAAUAACCUCUUCCAACUCCUAACCAAUACCACACAUGGCUAUUCGUUUGCCCAGUGUUUUGAGUGCUAGACACAUUCUUCGCCGGUCUAGUCUUUUUGCAAAUCAUGCAGCUGCAACAUCACUCGAUGUGCCCAAAGGCCACUUUGCUGUGUACGUAGGAGAUGCUGAAAAGAAGAGAUUCGUGAUACCUGUGUCAUAUUUGAACCACCCUUCAUUUCAAGAGCUUCUAAGUAUAGCAGAGGAAGAAUUUGGCUUCAGUCAUCCAAUGGGUGGUCUCAUCAUUCCCUGCACACCAGAAUUUUUCCUUAACAUCACCUCUAGCUUACAUAGGCUAUGAUCUACGUUUUACCACAGUUUUUUGUUUCAUUUUUUUGUUUUUGCCUUUUUUGCCUUUCAACAUGUGGUGUCAGAAAAGUUUACCCAUGCUGAAAGGUUUUUCGAAUUGUAUCAUUGGCAAAGAACAUCAGUACAAAAACAAUGGAUUACAA